AUGACAAACACCCACAACUGCACAAACCAAAAGGACAGAAAGAGAAAAGAGGACACACAGUUAAACGUGCUCCAGAUUAAUCUAAACCACUGCAGACUUGCCCACGACCUACUACAGCAGAACGCGGUCGACUGGGAAAUUGACGUAGUAAUAAUUUCAGAACCAUGGAGGAUCCUGAGUGACUGGUUCGGGACCGGCGAUGGUAGGGCGGCUAUCUGGAUAACCGAAAGGGCCGCCAGGAGGUUGACCCCCGUACAACUCCUGGCCAGCGCGGAUGGAUACGUGGCAAUUCGGAUCAGUGAUAUCACUGUAGUGAGCUGUUACUAUUCGCCGAACAUACGCCUGGACGCUUUCGAAACCCACCUACAGCACCUGGAAGACCUGAUGCACCUGGAGGACCUGAUGGCCAUACUAGACCUCGACCACACGAUCGUGGCCGGGGACUUCAACGCGAAAUCACCAGCAUGGGGCUCCGCUGAAACGAACCCACGGGGCACAGCUACCCUCGAAAUGGCCAAUCGCAUCCGGAUCUGCCCGGUUGUCAGCAAGGGAAGAUACACCUACGAUAGAAACGGAUGA